UCUCCUUUCCUGUGCUCUUCAAACUGUUGUAAUGAACUUUUAUUCUGGACCUUUGCAUUUCCUGGACCAAGAAAGACUUCUAGUAGGUCAAUGCUGCUUCUGCUGUUUCUUUAAUUCUACAGAAAGAGAUAAAGAGAGACGACAAAGAGAAUGGGGAGACACUCAUGCCAGUUUCAUACACAUGUACAAUUUGCUUCGGUGGUCAUUUGUUCUAGUUGUGUGCAAGAAAAGUGAACCUCCCCCAGUCAACUCCCAGCGGCUUCUGUCAGAUUCUGCAAACUUGUUCUCUCCCUUAAGUGAGCAGCUCCGAACACCAGAGCCAAAGACAGCCUCUCGGAGACACACACCCAUAGAAACAGACACUCCCACAUGGAGGAACACUGCUGGCAAGGCUUGAUUGCACACACAGCCGCACACGUACAGACUCUCACUCUCAGAGGGAGCGGUAAAUGCUUCUCCAUGCAAACAGGAGCAUUCUUUCUCUCUCAUUUCUCUCUCACACACACACACUUCAUGCUCUCUCAAAAACCCACUGGGCACAUGCAUACACCUUUGAACUCCCCAGCGAGCUGGCUGGUGGUGUUUUAGCUGGCAUCCUGCAUGCCAAUGCCCUGAUGUCACACCCGAAUGUGGGAAGUCUGCUGGAGUUGCUCUACUAGGGACACAAUUGCUGGAUGAGGGACAGCUUCUAUUAGAGGAGGAAUAACUUUGCUGUUUCUCUAUCUCCAUCCUGUUUCCCUUGUGCUUUUUCUUCCCUUCCCCAGCUGGUGAGUGCCAGAUGCUGUUGCUACUGCUGCUGCUCAUGGUUUGGGCACCUUUGCCAAUACAUCCUCAGAUCCUGGUUGAGGAUGACAGAUGCAACCAAACAAAUUGGCAAAGGAAUCCAGAAGGUGUGCCUGACAAGAAAAGCCACCUUCUGAACGUGAGUGUCAGCAACCAGGGACGUUCUAAUUCCCUUUUUUUGACCUGGGAAAAACUCCCAAGAGGUGUCCAGAAUGUCUCACUUGCUCUUUACAAAUUUGACACAAACACAGUGUUGCAAAAUGGAUCGGCUGGGCUCAAUGCCACCGGCUUUCUCUUUGAGGGUUUGCUUCCUGGGACACAAUACGACAUUGAAGUCACUGUGUUGCUGAUUUGCACACAAAAUUCCAGUCGCAGAGUCACUGGGAGGACAGUUCCUGGACCUGUGCGGAAUGUGGUCUUGAGCCAUAACAGUCCUUCAAUGCUACUGGCAUCCUGGAGUGAAGCGACUGGUGGAAAGGAUGCUUACCAAUUAGUUCUCUACCAUAUAAAAUCCCAGGCACCUGUCAAGAAUGUAACCAUCCCCAGAAAUGCCACCACUUACCGCUUUGAGAAGCUUCUAAAUGGCAGUGAAUAUGCCCUGCAGAUCACCACACUUGCUGGAUCUUACAAAGCAAGCACCAUUGCUCGGCAUUGGACAGCUCCCGUUGUGCCUGAAACAUUGGCAUUCCAGAACAGUGGCUCCAGCUCAAAUUUGAGUGCCUCAUGGUCCAAUGCAGGUGGAGCAGAAUGGUUCCAUUUUACUCUCCAGAAUCUCCAUACCGUGACAGAGAUUACCACAGUGUCACUCAAGAGGGGCCUAACAAACUAUACUUUUCAACAUCUGAAGCCAGGUACCCCCUAUCGACUGGAGGUCAGCGCCACAGCUGGACCUUACCGAGUUGAGGGACCCAAGGUUACAGCUUAUACCUACCCUUUGAAGCCAACCAACCUAAGUUUGAAUAGCUAUGGCAAAAGUAACACUUUAAAGGCAUCAUGGAAUUCAUCAGCUGGAGAAAGAGAAUUCUAUUUGGUACUUCUGCAGGAAGGUGAAAGCAAUGUACCCAUCAGAAAUAUGUCAGUGGGAGGCAACACCACACAACUUACCUUGGAUAACUUGAGUCCUGGGAGCCUCUAUACACUUUGGGUGACAGCUGUUGCUGGACCAUAUAAAGCAUCUGCAAAGAGCAUCUCUGCAUGGACAUAUCCUUUGCCUCUAAAGCACCUGAAGCUCAGCAACAAAGGUAAAAACACAAAAUCACUGCAGGCUUCUUGGCAAAUCCCACCUGGAGAGAAAGGCCGAUAUAUAGGAACUGUCAUGGAGACUAAAUCUCAAUUGGAGGUCACAAAUGUCACAGUGGAAAUGAGCAAUCAGAGAACAAACAUCACCUUUGAAGGGCUUCUUCCUGGACGUCAGUACACUCUGAAGAUGGUGGGAGUGGCUGGACCACAUCAAUCUCUUGUUCAAAGAGUUACCAACUGGACGUACCCAUUGGCUCCUUCAGGCAUAACACUGGUCAGUAGCAGAUGGCCCUCCAGUCUUCUUGCCUCUUGGGAAAUACCCCAAGGUGACAGAGACCAGUUCUUCCUGCGUUUCUACAGCCAGGAGCGUCCAUUGCUGCAAAGAAAUGUUACCAUUGGACCAGACAAGCAGAAUUUCACCUUUGAGGGCCUUCUUCCUGGAACCCAGUAUUUUCUGGAGGUUUCAGCAUUGGCGGGACCAUACCGAGCCUCAUCCCAGGUUGUCUCUGCAUGGACAUAUCCUCUGUCUCUGUCUAACGUAAGUGUGAAAUGUGGUCAGAGCCCCCAACAGCUGAUUGUGAGCUGGAUGGAAUCAGGAAGAGGACGGGAGUACUGGGUACAACUCUACUCGGAGGAAUCCCUGUCCUUUAUCCAGAAUGUGUCAGUGCCACAUGGAACGACCCAGGUGACCCUGAAUAACCUUGUGCCAGGAACCCGGUAUCGCGUUGAGAUUGUCUCCAGAGCUGGACCUCAUUACAUAUCAUCCCAAACAGCGAUCGGAUACACAGUGCCUUUGAUGCCAUUGUCCUUGAUGGUGACCAGUCCCAUCUCUUCAGUGCUGAGUGUGCAGUGGAAGGCUCCAGCUGGACAGAGAGACAAGUAUAUGGUCUCUGUAUCUGAAGAAGGAGCCACAGAUACCAAAUGGCACAUGGCAAUAGAGAAAGCCAACACCAACACCACAAUAACGGGGCUAGCCCCAGGCACAUGCUACUUCAUUGCAGUGUGGUCGUUGGCUGGACCCUACAGCUCUGCUUCCAGGAAUGAUACAGCUUGCACACCCCCUGCUCCUCCUGUGAACCUGACCCUGAAAAACCUUGCCAACGCAUCUGUAUUGUACACAGCUUGGGCAAAGCCCCCAGGAGGCAGGGACCACUAUCGAAUGAUCCUGUACAGUCUGUUACCUCCAGGGAUGGAGAGAGUUCGUGAUGUGGGACCAGACACUCAGGACUUCCUCUGGACAGGUUUGCCAGCAGGAAGCCAGUUUGCUGUGCAGGUGACUGCAGUGAAAGGCCAAGCUGAGGCUUCCUCGACCAUCGCUGUUGCAUGGACAUCUCCUUUGCCUGUUACCUUUGUGAAAACAUGGAAUGAAAAGCGACCAGGCAGACUGAGUGUGUCUUGGGUACCAACCUCUGGGAGGCUGGAUAGCUAUGAGUUGAAUUUGUACCCCUCAGAACCCAUUGCCACAGCACUGCAUACAUCUCUGGGGAAAGAUGCUACCAAUUUCACCUUCUCGGGUCUCCUACCAGGCACCAAGUACUUGUAUGAGAUCAUUUCAAGGGCUGGGCCCACUAGAUCAUCAUCAGGGAACUUCAGUGCUUGGACAAGUCCUCUGCCUCCUCGCAUAGUGCAUCUUUCAAACAAAGGUUACACCGACAGGCUAAAUGCUUUCUGGGAGCCCACUGCAGGAGGCCAUGAUGGCUAUAUACUAACACUGUAUUAUGCUGGAUCAGGCACGGUGGCAGCCAAGGCAUCUGUGGAGAAAGGAGUCACAAAUUUCACUUUCACAGGCCUCAUUCCUGGAAGUGAAUACUUACUAGAAGUUGCUUCCACAGCUGGGCCCCAUCGGAUCCCAGCUCGGAAUGUCAGUGACUGGACAUAUCCUUUGGUUCCUAGGAAACUUGCUAUAAAGUCCGACAAGAGAAACCCUGCACUGUUAGUGACCUGGGCAAAGCCUCUCAGCAAGCCAGAGCGUUGCCAGCUGCAGCUGUGGCUUUCUGGCAACAAGACUGUGCUGCAGCGCCACACCUUGGUCAAGUGGGAAAUCCAACAUGUUUUCCAGGGACUGGUCCCAGGGAGAAAUUAUUCUGUAUCCCUCAGUUGCACGGCGGGACCAUAUGAGAAUAGUUCUGAGAUGAUGGCAAUGCCGAUAGAGCCCAGUCAGGUUAAGGAAUUGCAGUGUUUGCCUGAUGCCACCAGUAUGUUUCUAAAUUGGACCAUUUCUGAAGGUGACAUUGAAGCCUAUGAACUUACAGUGAGAAAGUUUUCCAGAGGAGGCCUCCAAAAAUCUAAACGUCUUCUGGCUGUUUCCAGGGCUGAUACCAUUCUGACAGAGCUCACCUCAAACACUGCCUAUCAAAUCAGUGUUAGUGCUGUUGGCAAGAAUGGAAUGAAGAGCCCAAUGGUGGCAUUGGGCUGCAAUACAUCUGUGGAAGUCCUACCACCUCCUGUGCAAGUGGACAUCCCUCAGUUUGAUGACAGCUCUAGAGUCAUAAUCUCUCCUGAUAUGUUCAGUGAGGAUAAUGGUCUCAUUGAAUACUAUGGGGUUGUUGUCACAACUAAUGAGUCUUUGUUGAGGCCUACUCAAGACAUAAUCUCUCGCACAUGGUAUGAUCACUAUUAUGGACAUGAAGACUCAUACUUGGCUCUGUUGCUGCCAAACCCAUUCCAUCUCAAUGAGAGCACAAGCCCCAAGAGCUGGCCAGUGACCGUCGGUGCAGAAGAGUGCAGUCAGUCUCGGGAAACCUGCAAUGGAAAGCUGAAAACAGAUGCACAGUACAGGUUCAGCAUUGCUGCUUUCACCAGAUACAGCCAACGGACUCCUAGAGUAUCAUUCACAUCAUUCUCAGCGGCAGAUGCCUCCACAGCUUCUGCAGCCUCGGUUAAUAUAUCUGCCCCACUUGUGUCGGGGAUCAUUGUUGGAUUCCUUGCAACUGUCACAGCAAUUGCUGGAUGGAUCUGCUGGAGACAUCUGAGAGCAAGGAGAAUGGAAAAGGGUAACAUGCCUCAAGAAAUGAUCACUUAUAGUCUCAGAAACACCCACCGUCCCAUCCCCCUUCAAAGUUUCAGACAGUACUAUGAGACAAGGGCCGCAAACUCCAAUAAUGGUUUUUUUCAAGACUUUGAGGAACUCAAAGAAGUGGGAAAAGAUCAGCCCAAAACAGAAGCCGAACUUCCUGCCAACACCUCCAAGAAUCGAUACCCCCAUGUUCUGCCAUAUGAUUACUCCCGGGUGAAGCUGAGCCUGGUGGAUGAGGAACCUCAUAGUGACUACAUUAAUGCCAACUUUGUGCCAGGUUACAACUCACCUCAAGAGUUCAUUGCAACACAGGGGCCCUUGAAGAAAACCCUGGAUGACUUCUGGAGGUUGGUCUGGGAACAGCACAUCUGCACCAUUGUGAUGCUCACAGUGGGCAUGGAGAAUGGACGGGUGCUGUGUGAAUAUUAUUGGCCCUCAGAUAGCUCUCCUUUCUGUUCAGGACAAAUCAGAAUACAUUUGCUUGCUCAGAAUUUUGCAGAUGAGUGGACUACAAGGGAGUUCAGGAUUCAACAUGAAGGGCUAAAUAUGGAGCGGAGAGUGAUCCACUUGCACUACACAGCAUGGUCUAAUCAUGGUGUUCCUGAGUCUACUACUUCUCUCAAUGCCUUCGUAGAGCUGGUCCGAGCACAUAUGCAGAGUGCAAGUGAGACUGGACCUACACUGGUACAUGGCAGUGCAGGUGUAGGCCGCACAGGAACUUUCAUUGCCCUCGAUCGUCUUCUGCAGCAAUUGAAGUAUGAGAAGGUAGUGGAUGUGUUCAAUACCAUUUACAGCCUGAGGAUGAACCGUCAUCGGAUGAUUGAAACCCUGGGUCAGUACAUCUUCCUCCACAGUUGUAUUUUAGAGAAGAUAUCUGAAGAACCACUGCUUGACCAGUCUGGUCUAGAGCUGUCACACCCAAUACCUCUCAAGAAUUUUGUACAGCAUCAUGCAAAGAAUUGUUCCAAAGCCAAUGCUGGUUUCCUGAGAGAAUAUGAGCAGGUGCUCUUGGAAGCUGCAAAAGAGGAAGUCAAUUCUGUUUUGCCAUUUUCUGGAAGCCAACCCAUUGGCCUUGAGUCUGGCAAGAUCUCUUAUGACCGUUCCAAAGUGAAGUUCUCACCAUUGGAUCGGGAUCCUUUCUCAGACCUCUCACAUGUCUGGUUCAUCCCGGGCUGUAACUCAGUCAAAGAUUACAUAGCUAUUGAAGGACCAGACAAACUUGCCCUGGAGGAAUUCUGGGGCCUAAUCUGGGAAUAUGGAGUCCACACCAUCAUCACGCUUCUACCUGGGCAGAUGAAUUGUCCAGCUCCAGACAAUUCAUGUUGGCCCUCUGAGAGUGACCCAGUCUGCACAGAGAGGUUGACUAUCCAGCAAGGCCCAAAGAAAGUUGUUUCAGGAUGGCCAUGCAUUCAGCUCAGACUGAAAUAUGAAAAAAAGGCCAAGGAGAGACUGUUGCAAAGGUUCCAGUUCCCUCUGGCAGAAGGAGAGGAGCUGCCAGACCCUGAAAUUCUGGUAGGCUUUCUCACCGUGAUCAGACAACUAGUGCCAUAUCGGAAGAGAACCAGCCCGGUGGUCUUGCAUUGCAGCAUGGGCGGUCUGGGCCAGAUGGGGAUGUUGAUUGCCUUGGAUACCCUCUUGCAACAGUUGAAGGAAGAGAAAAGUGUGGAUGUAUACGGUGUUGUUUUAAGGCUGGUGAGAAGCUGCUGUCUUAUGACUCCAACAUUGGAUAGGUACAUUUAUCUGUAUGACUGCAUUCGUGACACUAUUACCCAGAAACAAGUCUGAGCCUUGGUCUUCACUCUUUGCUUGAUGACUGAUGGAGUGCAAAACCCAGCAGGGCUAUGAGCAUAGACUGAAAUGGUUCUAUGCAGGGAUGGGUAAUUGCUCUCAAUUUGUGCAGAAUAUAAAACAAUGGGAGUCAAUAGUAGUGAACUGCCUUUGAUGUUCCUUUGAUGUUCUUCAGAAGAAACUUCUGUCUGUUGAAAGGAAACUCCUCUGCCUCAACUCAGAGAGCUUCAUGGAAGAACAAUUUGCCAUAAUUUCAGAUGUCCUGUUUACAAAAAAAGAAGAAAUGACUGCCUUCAUCUUCCUAGAGUUUAUUCAGCUGCUUUGGAACUUGAGAACUUGGUAGAAGUUAGGAGGUUGCCUUGGAACUUGAGAAUCUAAAGGUUUGCCACUGAUUAACAUAAAUGAUGGACAGCCAAACAGUAGAAUCACAAUGUGUCAUCUUGAUUUGGUGUGUCUUCAAGUUACUUCUGACUUAUGGUGACCUUAUCACAGGGUUUUGCUUGUCAAAAUUUGUUAAGAGGGGGUUCCCAUUGCCUUCCUCUGAAGCUGAAAAAGUGUGAUUUACCCAAAGUCCCCCAGUGCAUUUCCAGUGCUGAGUGAGAGUUCAAAAUCUAGUCUCCCAGAGACUUACUCCAAUGACUACAUUAUGCUGGCUCUCAAGAUAUGCCAUACACAUUACUUAAUCACAGUUCUUGGUGAUUAAUGUGAAAAAGAAAUAGAGCUAAAAAUUCAGCAAGGGGAGGUCACAGUAAUAUCAGGAAUACCAUAAAGUUUUUUUCCUUUCUCUCCCUUAUGCUAUCCCUGAUAAUAGUGUCUCUGCACUAGCAGAGUGACAUAGUUAUAUGUACACUAAUGUGGUCCACAAUCCUGGCCUAUAUUUAGAAUCCAUAUGCAGAAGGAGACUUAGUCUGCAUCCUGUUUUCAUUUAAGUGGUAUGCUAAAGAUAGGGUGGCAUUGAAUAAAUAGAUGCACCUUCUUCCCAAAACCACAGCUAAAAGAGUUAUUGCUAGCUUUGCCGUAUGAGAGUGGAAGAGUAACCACUUAGCAAGAGACAAAGGAAAAGGUUUCUUUAAGGAAAAAUACAAAAUUUUAUACAAUAAUGCAUGGUGUGUUGAAUGAGAAGACAUAUUCAACAAGAACAGAAGAAUGGUAGUAGCAGCUUAAUGAAAUUGGUAGGAAACUUCACUACCAACUGAUUGAAGUAACUACAGUGGGCAAUUAAGUGAUGUCUGUUUACAUAAAGGUUUGUUUAAAAGAGUAGAUCAAUUAAUAAAAGAUAGGUGUGUCUAGAGAUGAAAAUGUGCAGAAUGGACUAGGAUACCCGACAAUAAUGGAUGUGAUCUUUUGGCUGUGCUUAUGAUUUUCCCCAGAACUUACAAAUGGAGUUAAAAAUAUUAAGAUGGUUUUUAAAAGUAAUUCCUUGAUUGAUUUUCCAUGUCCAGCCAGAACUCUCCAUUCCAAAGGAAAGUCAAAACUGUCGGUAACACACUUUUCCUAACUUCCACUCCUCACCCCAUGGAUUAUGAUGCAUAUACAGCUAUACCUCAGUUUACAAAGUUGAUGUAUUUCUUAGCAUUACCUUUUUAACAAAAAAAUUCUAACAAAGCCAGAAAUAGCAUGGGAUAGACUCCAAUAAAGAGCCAUUCAAUAUAUUCUAGCAGAGUUUUUUUAAAAACUAAACACUGACAAGGUAAACAUAUGAAAUUAAACAAAUCAUGCCAGGCAAGUCUUCCAUAAGAAAACAAAAUUAUUUUGGACCUUCUAAGGACCACCCGAAGACGUCUUCUUAAGUGCAAUCAGAGAUAACUUUUUCUUUCACUAGUCUCCACUUUUCUUAUGAUUUCCAUUUUCAUGACCAAGCUUUUAUAUACUGUCUAUGCUUUUUAAACAUGCUGGAUGCGAGACAAGCUUACCCCCCCCCCCCUUUUCUCUCUGUUUGCUGUUCAUGGAUGUUCAGUAAAAGAUUCUAGAAGUAGCUACUAUUUACGUUGCCUAUUGUGGGCAAGAACACAGCUACAAAAUGAUUAUCUGGAGUAGAAUUCCAUUUGAACCUAACACUAAAUACCUGUGUCUUUCCAGCCCUCUUUCACUAUCCUCCCAAUUCCAAUGCUACUGAAAAACUUUCAACUAGACAGGGAAACAAGGGCUUUGUUAACUGAGGUAUGCCUACACUUGAAAGGAACCCAUUACCUUAGUAGACAUAGACCUGCAUGACACACAUAACAUGCCACUGCAAAUCUCUGUUUGCCUCCAGAUUGGUCUAAUAAUCCCAAAUAUUUUGGAAAAUGUAACUUUUAAUGUCAUCAGACCCAUUUUUUCUUGUUUAUCAUUGGCUGUUACAUUUUCAGAAUGGGUACAAGGAUAGGUUGAACAAAUGGGUUGUUAUAAAUGGGAACAUGCUGUGCCAUUAUCUCUGAAACAGAGAAAGGGGGGCAAGGGAGCAGUUUUGAAAUAAUAAAUUAUUGUUUUUAUAAAAUGA